GUGAGCUCCAAGUUAAGAAUAUCAGUUCACUUACUGUGAAGCAUAUAAAAUUAAAUACCGUACUAUUGUUUGACAGUGAUCAAAUUUGUUACUCAUUUAAGUAAAUUAUUUUUCUGUAAAUCUGAAAGCCAAUUGGAAGUAGUUAUCUAUAAUGGCUCAGUGGUCUUUACAAAGAGAGUUCAUGGAGAUGCCUCCUGUGACUCGGGUGUACACAUCUGCCUGUGUAAUCACAACUCUUUUAGUGCAAAUGGAUAUUGUAACACCAUUCAACUUAUACUUCAACCCUACACUAAUCAUUAAGCAUUACCAGGUCUGGCGCUUGGUGACAACUUUCCUAUUCUUAGGUCCCAUAGGCUUCAAUUUUGUGCUAAACAUGAUCUUCACUUACCGAUACUGUAGAAUGUUAGAGGAAGGAUCUUUCAGAGGACGCACUGCUGAUUUUGUCCUCAUGAUGCUGUUUGGAGGUGCAUGUAUGCUGGUGUUCACAAUGUUCUUCUCAUUGCUGUUCCUUGGUCAAGCCUUCACAAUCAUGAUUGUGUACGUCUGGGCGCGACGCAAUCCCUUCAUUCGCAUGAACUUCUUUGGUUUCACUUUCAAUGCUCCCUACUUGCCAUGGGUGCUACUAGGCUUCUCCUACCUGCUUGGCAACUCUGUAAUGGUGGACUUACUGGGGAUUGCGGUGGGGCAUCUCUACUUCUUCCUCGAGGACGUCUUCCCUCAACGCUCGGGUGGCGUUAGAAUACUCAAGACACCCGAGUUUCUACGCGCGCUCCUGGAGCCCCGUACAAUUGAUGGCAGUGCCGCGGACAGCGCCGCUGCGCCUGAGGGUGACCUGGGGCCAAACGCCGGACCUCCCCAACCUGGAGGCUUCCAGUGGGGGGCUCAGUAGUGCUAACUGCCCUGCUAAUAUCAAUGAGCUGUUAGUGUCAAGCAGCUCCAUGUAGUAACUGUUAAUUGGCUUUUGUAAGCCGUCGUGUGAAAGACUAUGUUAAGUAGACUGUCAAUAUCAUGCAGCUCAAUGGAGUAAAAAUCAUUGAUUGCUAGAAGCCAUAGUGUAAAAAAAGCCUAUGUAAAUUGUAAACUAGACUAAUAUAUAUCAGUUCAAUGUUUUAUUCGCGGCAAACACCUAAAAUUUCAUGUGUCAGUGAUGCUAGAUGCUACCUAUAUAUCGUAGCCUGCAACAGUGUGCUAACUGGGCCGGUAUGAAGAAGCCAUGAUUACUGCUGCCCUACUCGUUUACCCUAUUUACAUUAUAUAUUUAAACCCCUAUUUACAGAGUUUAUGUGCUAAAUGAACCGAGACUCAGAUUGGAGUUCUCUUAUGUUCCAUGAUUAAGGCGUUCAGUACACCUGUCAAGGGAUAAAUUCAUAUUCUCACAUCAGCUGGUAUAAAUGCAUUGUUUUUACUUAACUGCAAAUCUACUGCAAGUAUUAAUAUAUAUUUUGGUCGUUUCUGGACCCUUACGAUUCAAUUGAAAAUGAAUACAAAAUAGUGAACCAAGUAAGUCAUUCAGUAUGAGAGACAAUCGAAUUUGGCAAGUAUUAUGAUUUAUUAGUCUCGUUAAUUGGGUGCAUCCCUCUCUAUAAUGCAAUUUUUAUUUAGUUAUCUUACUUUGCUUCGAGAUAAUAUUUGAAAUCUUCUGACUGAUUUUUAUGUUUAUUUUGUGGAGAGUCCGUAUGACAAUGUAUUUCAUCGCUUUUUAUCGGAUAUAGAAUAGGGUAUUACAAAUUACUAAGAACUUAAUUGGGUCCGAGUUUCAAGCUUUCAAAUUCUCCUACUCUUGUGCAAUCAUGAAUCUACUUCAUGAUUGGCAAAAUAAGAGUGAAACAAAUAUUGUUCAUCUUAUACGGAUCUUGCAUAAAUUUGGUUUCGGUAGUAUUUUAUUUUCUUGUGAAUAUUUUUUUUCCUGCUCACAGCGACAGGGAUUAUGUUAUAAAUUAUUUAUGUGUGGUAUUAACGUAUCAGCGCGUCUAAUGUCAUAGACAUUUCCGCUAAUAACCUUGUUUCAUUUUUAUUCGACGUCGUGUUUCGUCUUUGAGAUUUUAUACCGAUUGCACUUCAUGAAUUUGCACCAGUUGAUUAAUGGCAUAGUGACGGCUGAUUUUUCCUCAUUGUAUUGGUCGAACUUUGAGUGCACAUUUCCUGAUUAGUGGAUACGAACUUGUAUCAAGGAGGCUUCUAUUUACGAUACAACAUAAAAUCAUAUUUAAAUUGAUUCGGCUCGAGUAUAAUUAAAACUUUACAAGUCGAUUCACUCGAACGACUGUGAAGUCUUGGGUUUAAGCACGGUUGUGUUGAAAAAAGAAAUAUAUUUUGAGCUCAGAACUUUGGAUUGAAAAUUAAAUAAAUUUAUGCGCUUGAAAUACUGGCAUCACGAGAUCUUUAAGUCCUGCCAGUUUAAUUUAUUUAUUCCACCAGAGCGCAUGGAGCGGCUCCAUCCGUAACGAGUGACUAGGUCGUCAACAGGAAAUAAAGAUUAUUUAAUGGAAGACGUUUCAACUCCAUUGCAGCGCAUGUUCAUUGUGUUGUUUCUUUAUAGUUUAUUUCAUAUCCUGCACGCGCCCGUAGGUGUCUCCAGAACUGUGUCUCCAGAACGACUUUGUUUUUUUCUUAGUGUGCCUUCAAAAUCAUUUAUAUUAUCAGCCCACAACUUAUUGCAAGGAACUAUGUUACAUAACAGUUUUUCAUAAAAUGUCGGUCAUCGUUCGAUAUCAUAAAAUAUUUUGCUAA